UGGUUUAGGGAGGCAGGGCUCUGCAGCACCAGCCAUCCAGCAGCCACAGCCUUCCCCUGCCCACAGGGUUCAGGAGCACCUCAGCUGGAGCGCCUGCUGCCUGCCCUGCUGCAACCCAGCCCUCCACCCUGAACCAUGGAGCUGCAGGCGUUCUGGACAGGGCUGGAAUACACCUGCCGGCUCCUGGGCAUUGCCACGGCUACAGUGUUGAUCGGCGUGGGUGCUGAGACCUUCCUCCAGGGGCAGUUCAAAAGCCUGGCUUUCUAUCUACUGUUCACAGGAGCCGCCGUCUUCAUGUGCGAAGGGGCCUACUUUGUGGCUCAACUGCUGGCCAUCUGCUUCCAGUGUCAGCCAGGGUCCCUGGCCUACAAAGCAAAGGAGAAGGCCCACUGGCUGGGCUGCUUCCAGAAGUUCCUGGCAUACAUGCUGCUGUCUGUGGCCUGCUUCCUCCACCCUGUCCUGGUCUGGCACGUAACAAUCCCAGGCUCCAUGCUCAUCAUCACUGGCCUGGCCUACUUCCUCCUGAGCAAGCGGAAAAGCAAAGCUGCCCCUGAGGCUACAGUCCCCCCAGAGCAGUACACAGACGCCUCCAGCAGCACCAUGACUACCACCAGCUCUGGUGACACUGAGCAAACCUACACCUUCCAGGGGGCACUCAGGGAAGGGCCUGGCUCCCUCUUCAUCCACAUGAAGAGCAUCCUGAAGGGGGCCAAGAAGCCCAGUGCCCCCCAGCACCCAGAUACCCUGACGGAGCUGACUGUGGAGCCAGUGGGCUCACCAGCCAAGAAGAAAGAGGUGCACUUUGAAGACAGUGCGGUCAGAAUCAUCCUGUCCCUGGAAAGCAUGGAUGAUGGGGACAGUGAGCCGGAGGAGGCCACUGCUGACACCACCCCCAUUAUCCCUCCCCGCCAGGCCCCGAUUUUCCUAUCUUCUCUCGCAGACACCAGCCUCUUCUGAGUGGUGUGCUCCAGCUUUAGGGAUGCCGGGCCAGGGUUCUGCAUAGAUUGGUGCCCCUGCCUGGAGUCUCCUGUCCAGGAGCUCAUGGUCUCCACAGGUCAACUCCGAGGGGUGACCAGACAUCCUCAGAGUGUCUAGGCCUCUGGGGCCAUCAAGGGCUUGCAGGGCAUACAGAGGCCUUGAGGGAGGCACAGAUGGCACUCAGGCUGCCUGAAGCCAGCACAGCUUCCUCCCUUCUGGACACAGAGAACAUGGCUGCCUCAGCCCAGAGAGAAACCACUGGGCUUCUGUGCCCGGCACGGGCCCAGUACUCAGCAAGAACUCAUGGCCCACCUCUUCUGUGACAUCCAGCUCUGAAGGCCCAUGAUGGUUGGUGACUUAGGCAUCUCAAAGGCAGGUGUUGAAGGUGGCCCUAGGGUCCAACCCCCAACCAAGGACUUCUCAGGAUGGGGAGGUAGGCAAGGCUGAAAAAUCCACACACACACUCCAUUCCUCCCACCCUCUGUGGAGCACCACCCUGCAGUGGGCGGCAGUCUGCAGUGCUGGGCAGCAGGAGGAACAGCACCACUCUGUGCUCACCAAGGGAAAGCAGGCCAGAGGAGUGAAACUAGUUCCAGAAGUAUCGCUGAGCCCUCCCUGCAAUACACGUACUCCUCCCAGAUUCCAAGUAGAUGAUGGAAGCUUAAAGAUCCUGAAUGCCGAUGGCAGUCUUCAGCAGUAAAUGCCUCAGCACAGGACACAGCAUAGGCAGGGGCCAUGGAGGUGGUGCCCCAGAGACUCACAGCACAGAAAAGUGGCUCCAGCAGGCUUAGCUACCUGCUAGCAGAAUAAGGCCAAUAAAUAUGUGUGUUCAAAAUGGGAGAGAAGUAAGGGGAAGGAAAGACUGGGGAUAGGAGGAAAGUGGACAGGCAGGCAGCUUUCUGCCACAGGCCUACAGAAGUCACAGUUAACCUAGAAUGAACCAAAAAAUUCAAACCAGAUAUUCCUUGGAGGAUUUGCAAUAUAGUUUUUAUUUCUAAAAAGUGUCUUUUGGUCCCUGGGAUUGCUGCCAAGAAGAGCAGACACACUGUUCUUCGUAAGCAAUCUCAGUAAAUGAGAAAUCUAAAGAAACAGUUGAGCUGUUUUCUAGUUGGCUGGGUUUCUGUAGAGAAAGCCUUAGAAAACAUACUUUAGGUCUACAUAAGAAACCUGCUCAUUCUUGUAUACUUUCCAACAUUCCCUGCCAGUUACUUUUGCAAAUGUGUGGGAAUAAUUACCAACCAGAAGCUGGUAUCAGUUUGGUGCCUAAAUGCAGCCAGUGCCCCAAGUAAGCAGAUCUCUUCCUGCAAUAUCCCAGUUCUUCUGUCCAACCAAGUGAGAAAGCACAAUCCCAUCCCCCUAAGCCCUCAGUGCUGGAAGCAGUGGAGCUAGCUGUUUCUCUAGCUGUCCCCAAGGAGGGACUCCAGAAUCUGAGAGCCCACAGUUGGGGCAGAGUAAUUAACAUAGAACAUGGGUUUGGGUAGAUGGGGAUUGCACUCAAGUCCUAAUGGGCCAGAAAUCCCAGGCAGGCCCUGUGCACAGAAGGCACCCCAAUGGAGAGGAGCCGGGGUCUCGCACUGUUGUGUCAGGGAGAUGUGAUGGGCACAGACACCUUACAGCACAAGUGUGGCCGGCCCCUGGGGCACCCAGCACUCCGGCUCUGUUCUCAGGACCCAAGCCAGCAGAGCAGGAUGGACCAAGGAGCAAACCGGGAAGUGUGACGUCAGUGUAGCAGACAGUUGUGUGAGCCAGAGCACAAGAGCAGUUUGGGAUGUGUCUUAGCUGUGAAGGCAAGUCCGGAGUUUCAGGAGACAUGACGCACUUGCCAUCCCAAGACAUCUAGGCUUUCUGAUGCCUGUCAUCAGUUUGCAGGGUUUGAAGCAUUAGGGGCUUGGGAUAUGAUCCUAAGUUAGCAAAGUAAAGCUCUAAAACACUCUUAUUGCUGGGGGAGAAAAACGAAGCUGAGCUGAAAUUAAACAGACCAGGACUGUCACCCCUGUUAGUGUACCAGGCAAAAAAAUUGGCAGCUCCUGUUGUCCAAGGUCAUGUUCCAUCUGAGCCUCAGCCCACCAUGCUCUACAGACACAUGGUUACCCACCCUCAUCCCUGCAGAAAGACUAUAAGGGCCAGCAUCCUACCCCUUCUCAGCAGAAAAUGUCCCAUAGUCUUUAGACAUGGGACAGCCCACUUGGAAGCAGGAAGAGCAAUGGGCUGUGAUCAUUAAGUCUGUUGGUAAUACAUUGAUUGAUCUUAGCCAACCCCCUUCUCCCCUCUGGUCUCCGGUUCCCCCAUUAAAUGGGAAUAAUGCACUUCUCUCAGGAUGGGGCAAUGACUCAAAGAGGGAGUUAGGGAAAGGGCUUUUGAAAUUGCAAAUCACCCAGGUCAGGUCGAGGGCACAUUCCUGUCACUGUGGGGUGUCACAGUGAAGAAGCCCCAGCGUGAGCAGGCACUGAGAAGACACCACCAAGAUUUGUUUCUGGGACAUGGCCAGUGCAGAUCCAAAAGCUCCAUGCUCAACUCCAGAUUCUAGUGCUUGAGCCUGGGGAGGGUUCACAGAGAGCCACAGUGGACCCCCAACAUGAAAAGCCAUGCCCUAGGGGUCACCCAGUAUGUCUUUUCAGUCUCCCAUCAGUCUUAUGGGUUUAUUUUUUUUUUUAGUUUUUAAAACAUAUUUGUUUAGUUGUAAUUCACAUACCAUAAAAUUCACCCAUUUAAAGUACACAAUUCAAUGGUUUCUAGUAUAUUCAUAACCAAGGUCACCAUAAUCUAAGUUCACAACAUUAUCACCACCCCCCUCACUAGGGAUACCCCUUAACAAUCACCCUCCAACCACCCCCACCCUAAACCACUGAUCUACUUUCUGUCUUUAUUCUUUUCUGGACAUUUCGUAUAAAUGGAAUCACAUAUGUGGUCUUUUGUGACUUACUUGGUUCACAUAACGUUUUCAAGUUUCAUCCAUGUUAUGGCAUUUAUCUUUAUUUCAUUCCUUUUCAUGGCUGAAUAAUAUUCCAUCAUAGAGCUAUGCCACAUUGUAUUUAUCCAUUCAUCUGCUGAUGGACAUCUGGGCCGUUUCUACUUUGUGCCAAUUAUGAACAGUGCUGCUAUGAACAUGCAUGCACAAGUUUUUGAGUAGACCUAUAUUUUCAUUUUUCUUAGAUAUAUACCUAGUGGUAGAAUUGCUGAGUCAAACAGUAACUUUAUGUUUAACUCCUUGAGAGACUGACAAACUGCUCCAAAGACACCACACAAUUUCACAUUCCCACCAACAGUAUAUGAGGUUCUGAUUUCUCCAUAUCCUCAACAACACGUGUUCUUAUCUGUCUUUUUUAUUACAGUCAUCCAUUCAUCAUGGUUUUGAUAUGCAUUUUCCUAAUGACUAAUGGUGUAGAGAACUGCUGACCAUAUGUUUGUAUAUAUUCUUUGAGAAAUAUCAAUUCAAAUGCUUUGCCUAUAUUUUCAUUGGGUUGUAUUUUUAUUUUGAGUUGUAAGAGUUUUUCACAUAUUCCAGUUACUAGAAACCCUUAUCAGAUAAAUGACUUGCAAAUAUUUAUUUCAUUCUGUGGAUUGCCUUUUCACUUUCUUGACAGUGUCCUUUGAAGCACAAAAGAUUUAAUUUUGGUGAAGUCUAAUUUAUCUACUUUUUUUCUUUUGUUCUUAUUCUCUUGUGGUCAAAUCUAAGAAACCAUUGCCUAACCAAAGUCAUAAAGAUUUAUUCAUAUAUUUUCUUCUAAGAGUUUGAUAGUUUUAGCCCUUCAGUGUAGAAAUAUCUAUCUUGAGGUAACUUUUAUAUGUGGUGUGAGGUGGAGUCUAACUUAAUUCUUUAACUUGUGCAUAUCCACUUGGUCCAGCAUCAUUUGCUGAGCUGAAUUGUUUUGGCACCUUUGUCAAAAAUUUCUACACUUGAUAGUCUAUUCUAUUGAUCUGUGUAUCUACUCUUAUGCCAUUACUACACUGUUCUGAUUAUAUAACUGUGUAGUAUGUUUUGACCAGAAAGUGUGAGCCUCCAACUUUGUUUUUCUUUUACAAAGUAGUUUGGCUAAGCAGGUCCCUCCUAUUUCCAUGUGAAUUUUAGGAUCAACUUGUUAAUUUUUGAAAAUUUUUGUUUGUUUUGCUAUUGAGUUGUAUGAGUUCUUUAUGUAUUUUUUAUAUUAACCCCUUUCCAGAUAUGAUUUUCAAAUAUUUCUCCCAUUCCGUGUGUUUCCUUCUCAUUUUGUUGAUAGUUUUCUAUGCAGAAGAUUUUUCAGCUUGAUGUAGUCCCACUUGUUUAUUUUCCCUAUGUUGCCUUUAUUUUAAUUGUCAAAUCCCCAAAAAAAUCAUAACCAAGACCAUCAUCAAGGAACUUGUUUUCUUCUAACAGUUUUAUCGUUUUAAGUCUUACAUUCAAGUCUUUAAUCCAUUUGAUUUUUGUAUAUGGUGUUAGCAUGUGGCUGUCCAAUUUUCCCAAUACCAUAUUUUAAAGAGAAUAUCCUUUCUCCAUUGCAUAUUCUUGGCCCCUUUGUUUAAAGUAAUUGACCAUAUAUGUAUGAGUUUAUUUCUGGGUUCUCUAUUCUAUUCCACUGACCUAUGUGUCUGUUUUUGUGCCAGUACACACCAUUUUAAUUAAUAUAGCUUUGUAAUAUAGCUGGGAAUCAGGAAGUGUGAUGCCUCUAAACUAAUUAUUAGUUACAAUAGUAUUUUUUUAAUGUGGUAAAGUUUAUUAGAUUGUGUUUGUUUAUUUAUUUAUUUAUUUUGGUAUCAUUAAUAUACACUUACAUGAACAACAUUGUAGUUACUAGAUUCCCCCCAUUAUCGAGUCCCCACCACAUACCCCAUUAAAGUCACUGUCCAUCAGCAUAGUAUGAUGCUAUAGAAUCACUACUUUACAAUAGUUUUUUAAUGGAUUCUUUAUCAUUAUCAACAUAAAAUACCACAUCAUCUACAAAUAGAAAUAGCUUCACUUCUUCCUUUCUGAUUUGAAAGCCUUUUAUUUCUUUUCUUGCCUAAUUUCCCUGGCUAGAAUUGCCAGCACAACAUUGAGUAGAACAAGAGUAGAUAUUUUUGUCUUGCUCCUGAUGCUAGAAAAAGCAUUCAGUCUUUCAUCACUGAGUAUUAUGUCAGCUAGGUUUCUUGCAGAUGCCCUCUUUAUGAGGUUGAGGAAGUUUCCUAUUUCCAGUUUGUUAGAUGUUUUUAUUAUAAAACAUUAUUGCAUUUUGUGAAAUGCUUUUUCUGCAUCUUGAAAGAUGAUCAUUGAUUUUCAAAUGUUCAACCAACCUUGUACUCAUGGGAUAAAUCCCAUUUGUUUAUGGUAUAUAAUCCUUUUUAUAUGUUGUUGGACGGUUUUCUAGUUGCUGUAUUUUGUUGAGGAUUUUUAUGUCCAUAUUCAUAAAGGAUGUUAAUCAGUAGUUUUCUAUUCUUGUGACGGCAUAAUACUGACCUCCUAGAAUGUGUUAGGAAUUAACCCCUUUUUUCUACUUUUUGAAGGAAUUUAUGAAGGACUGGUAUCAAUGCUUCUUUACAUUUUAUUAUAAUCUCGCAAUAACGUUAUUUGGGCCUGAACCUACUUCAAACUCUUAAAAAUUUUUUUAAUUUCCUCUUGAAUUAGUUUUGGCAAUUUGUGUUUCCAGGAAUUUGUCCAUUUCAUCCAAGUUAUCUAAUUUGUUGGCAUAAUGUUGUUUGUAAUAAUACCUUAUACUCCCUUUUAUUUCUGUAAGAUCAGUAGUUAUCUCCCCUCUUUUUAUUACCAGUUUUAGUAAUAUGAGUCUUCUUUCUUUUUUUCUUAGUAAGUCAACUAAAGGAUUGUCAGUUUUGUUGACCUUUUCAAAGGACUUUUAGUUUCAUUGAUUUUUCUCCAUUGUUUUUUAUAUUUGCUAUUUCAUUAAUUUCUGUUCAAAUCUUUAAUCUUUCUGCUUACUUUGCAUUUAGUUUACUCUUCUUUUUGAGGUUUCUUCAGGUGAAAGUUUAGGUUAUUGAAAUAAGAUAUUUUUAUUUUUUGAUAUAUAUUUAUAUUUACAGCUAUAAAUUUCUCUCUGACCACUGCUCAACCUGCAUCCCAUAUGAUUUGGUAUGUUGAGUUCUUGUUUUCAUUCACCUGGAAGAUUUUUCUAGUUUCCUUUGAUUUCUUUUUUGAUCCAUUGGCCAUUUAGAAGUAUGUUAUUUAAUUUACACAAAUUCUAAUUCAAUUCCAUUGUGGUUGGAGAACAAACUUCAAUCCUUUUAAAUGUAUUGAGUUUGUUCUAUGGUCUGUCUUGGACAACAUUCCACAUGCUCUUAAGGAGCAUGUGUAUUCUCCAGUUGUUGGUUGGAGUAUACUAUGCAGGUCUAAGUGAGUCUAAGUGUUCUUCAUGUCCUCUAAGUCCUUGUUAAUCAUCUGGCUGUUGUUCUAUCCAUUAUUAAAAAUGUGGUUUUGAAGUCUUUAACUGCUGUGGUUAAAUUGUCUAUUUUUCCUGUCAAUUCUGUCAGUUUUUGCUUCAUGUGUUUGGGGUUCUGAUGUUAGAUGCAUAUGUGUUUAUAAUUGUAUAUCUUCUUGAUGCAGUAACUUUAUCAUUAUGAAAUGUCCCUCUUUAUCUUUAGUAACAUUUUUUGUUUUAGAAUAGAUUUUGUUUGAUAUUAUUGUAUCCACUCCAGCUUUCUUAUGAUUAUUUGCAUGGCAUAUAUUUUUCAUCUUUUUCUUUCAACCUAUUUGUGUCUUUGAAGCAAAGUAUUUUCCUAUAGACAGGAUAUAGAUAAAUCUUUUUUUGUUAACCAAUCUGUUAAUCUCCACCUUUUGAUUAUAUUGUUAAAUUCAUUUAUAUUUAAUGUUAUUGAUAUGAUAGGAUUUAUGGCUUCCACUUUGCUUUUUGUUUUCUGUCUCAUAUAUUGUUUUGUUCUCUACUCCUCCUCUACUGAUGUCUUUUAUAGUAAAUAUGUAUUUUCUAAUGUAAAAUUUAAUUCCUUUAAUAAUUUGUUUAAAUUACAUUUUUAAAUUAUUUUCUUAGUGGUUGUUCUAGGGAAUAAAAUGCACAUUUUAACAUAUUAAAAUCUAGUUUAAAUGUAUUCAGACUUAAUUCCAUUGAAAUACAGAAACUUUACUUCUAUAUAACUCCAUUCUGUCCCAUUUUUUGUGCUAACAUUUUAUAUAUAUUGGUUCUAUAAAUACUACAAACCCAACAAUACAUUGUUGUAAUCACUACCUUUUACAAUCAUAUGUCUUUUAAAGAAGCUGAGAGAAGAAAGGACAGUAAGUAUAUCAUUCAUUAUGUUAGUCUCCUUGUUUACCAUUUCUGGUCCUCUUCAUUUCCUCCUUUGAGUUCAGGUUACCAUCUGGUGUCAUUUCCUUAUGGCAAAAUAGUUUUAUUUCCCCCUCCUCCUUUGUGCCAUUAUUGUCAUUGCCUGCUAAUUUCUUUAGUAGUUCUUGUUAGACAAAUAUGCUAGCAACAAAUUUGCUCAGAUUUUUCUUUCUCUGAGAAUAUCUUUAUUUUACCAUCAUCUUGGAAAAAUAAUUUAACUGGUUAUAAUAUUCUUGGUUGACAGUUUUUCAAUUUGGGGGUUAACUUUCUAUACUUCUAAUAUGUCCUCAAACUGCCUUCUUGCCUCCAUUGUUUCUGUUGAGAAGUCAGUUGUUAUUCUUAUUGGGCUUUAUUUAUAUAUAAUAAGUCAUUUUCACUGAAAUUUGCCUGAAUGUAAGUCUCUUCAAAUUUAUCCUACUUAGAAUUUAUUGCACUGUUUGGGUGUGUACAUUAGUGUUUUUCAUCAAUUUGUGAAUUUCUCAGCCAUUAUUUUUUAGAAUAAUCUAAAAAGUAGUUUUUUUGGUAGUCCUAUUAUGCUUAUGUUGGUGUGCUUAAUGGUGUCCCACGUCAGUCUGCAGCUCUCUUCAUUUUUCUUCCUUUUUCUUCUCUGUUUUUCAGAUUGCAUAAUCUCUAUCAAUCUAUCUUCAAGUUUGCUGAUUAUUUCCUGUUAUCUUAAAUCUACUGUUAAGUUGAGUGAAUUUUUCAUUUCACUUAUUGUACUUUUCCACUCUAUAAUUUCCAUGGCUCUUUUAAAGUACCUUCUCGCUCUGUAUUUUUUUUUUCUUAUUUCACUUAAACAUUGACUUUAUUUAUUUUUAUUCCCUGUUUUGUAAGAUACCAUACUUUCCUUUAAUUCUUUAAAUAUGUUUUCUUUUGAACAUAUUUAUAAUAGCUGCCUUGAAGUCUUCAUCAGCUAAGUCCCACAUCUGGGUCCCCUCACACACUGUGUCUACUGCCUGCUUUUUCUUCUUGUGUAUCACAUGUUCUUUUUGUGUGUGUAUCUCAAAAUAUUUUUAUAGCAGCUGGCAUUUUAGAUAGUAUAUGGUAACUACUCUGGAUACAGUUUCUCUCCUAUCCCUACUUAGGUCUCUUGUUGUUUUCUGCUUAUGCAUUUGUGUGGCUUCUUGUCACUGUUUGUUAACUGAGUUGCAUGGACAAAUUCUGUGAAAUUAGUUUUGCUCCACUGUUCAGCCUCUUAUGUCCCUGCUCAGAUUUUUUCCCUGUUUAAUCUUUCAGACUUGCUCCUUACGGGUUUCCCUUGGGUCAGGGGAAAUGCAUAAGCUACUUACUGUUCAAAAGCUGUGAUUGAGCGUCUUUGGUCGCAAAGAUACUUACCUUUCACCAUUGUGCAUGUAUGUGACUUGGAGGCUCCUAUCACAGUUCUAAGUGUUGUGCCCAAAGUUGCAAAACUCAGAAGACCACCAAGGAGCCAACACCGAUGCAAAAGCAAAGAGUCUUUAUUCGAGCUAUCUCGAGUUCAAUCUCUCAUCUGCACCAACGCAGUGGCAAGAUGCCAGAGAAAGUGAGCAAGUUUCAAAAGUACAAAGGUUUUAUUGGGGAUCUAGGGGCUGUUGGUGGGGUGAGAGGUCAUGGCUCUGGUUGAUUGGCAGGGUCUAAGGGUGGUUGGUGGGCUUCUUGCUGACCGGCGAGGAGAGAGCCCAAGCUCUGAUUGGCUGAGAUAGGAUCCGGGCCCCAAUUGGCUGGAGUAGGAUCCGGGUCCUGAUUGGCUGAGGUAGGAUCCAGGUCCUGAUUGGCUGAGGUAGGAUCCUUAAAAUGGCAGCACUUAUUCUAA